AUGCGUUUCUUCCAGAUGGUCGCUUCCAGCGCUGCUUUCAUCGCAGCUGCUCUCGCCGUCGAGAUCAACACGUACCCCUCUGGUGGUGUGAAGGCUGGUCAGACUUACGAAGUCACCUACUCCCCUGCCGACAACACCCCCACCACCUUCAUCCUUCGCAAGGGUGCUUCCACCGACCUCGACACCAUCGGUACCCUGACCAGCACUGCUACCGGCGGUACUUUCUCCUGGACUGUUGCCAGCAACCUCGUUGACGGCGCCGACUACGCUCUUGAGAUCCGUCAGGGUGACCAAACUCCCAACUACUCCGGACAGUUCGGUCUGACCGGUGGCUCUGCUGCUGCCAGCUCCUCCGCUGCUGCGUCCGCGUCCGCCUCGUCUGCCUCUGCCUACUCUGUUUCCUCGGUCAUCGCCUCCAAGGCUUCCUCUGCCUCCUCCGCUGCCUCCGUCUCCAGCAUGGUCUCCAGCAUGGUCUCCAGCGCUCACGCUUCCGCCACCGGCACCGGUUCCGUGACCGCCAGCCACAACGGCACUGUCUCCUCGGCCACACUCUCUCGCUCUGCCACCGGCAGCCGCGCCACCGGCUCCUCCACUGGCUCUGCCAGCAUCCCCGAGAGCACCGGCGCUGCCAGCUCCCUCUCCUCCGCUCCUCUGGCGCUCCUCCUCGGUGCCGCCGGUGCCUUCGCUUUCAUCAACUAA